UUGCAGGUCUAGUGGGACAAUGUCAUAUUAUAAAUUUGGAAUGCUGAAGAGAAAAUUAUAGAUUUUGAUAUUGAAGGAAAUGAAGCGAAGCCUAAAUGAAAAUUCAGCUCGAAGUACAGCAGGCUGUUUGCCUGUUCCGUUGUUCAAUCAGAAAAAGAGGAACAGACAGCCAUUAACUUCUAAUCCACUUAAAGAUGAUUCAGGUAUCAGUACCCCUUCUGACAAUUAUGAUUUUCCUCCUCUACCUACAGAUUGGGCCUGGGAAGCUGUGAAUCCAGAGUUGGCUCCUGUAAUGAAAACAGUGGACACCGGGCAAAUACCACAUUCAGUUUCUCGUCCUCUGAGAAGUCAAGAUUCUGUCUUUAACUCUAUUCAAUCAAAUACUGGAAGAAGCCAGGGUGGUUGGAGCUACAGAGAUGGUAACAAAAAUACCAGCUUGAAAACUUGGAAUAAAAAUGAUUUUAAGCCUCAAUGUAAACGAACAAACUUAGUGGCAAAUGAUGGAAAAAAUUCUUGUCCAAUGAGUUCGGGAGCUCAACAACAAAAACAAUUAAGAACACCUGAACCUCCUAACUUAUCUCGCAACAAAGAAACCGAGCUACUCAGACAAACACAUUCAUCAAAAAUAUCUGGCUGCACAAUGAGAGGGCUAGACAACAACAGUGCACUACAGACACUUAAGCCCAAUUUUCAACAAAAUCAAUAUAAGAAACAAAUGUUGGAUGAUAUUCCAGAAGACAACACCCUGAAGGAAACCUCAUUGUAUCAGUUACAGUUUAAGGAAAAAGCUAGUUCUUUAAGAAUUAUUUCUGCAGUUAUUGAAAGCAUGAAGUAUUGGCGUGAGCAUGCACAGAAAACUGUACUUCUUUUUGAAGUAUUAGCUGUUCUUGAUUCAGCUGUUACACCUGGCCCAUAUUAUUCGAAGACUUUUCUUAUGAGGGAUGGGAAAAAUACUCUGCCUUGUGUCUUUUAUGAAAUCGAUCGUGAACUUCCGAGACUGAUUAGAGGCCGAGUUCAUAGAUGUGUUGGCAACUAUGACCAGAAAAAGAACAUUUUCAAAUGUGUUUCUGUCAGACCGGCGUCUGUUUCUGAACAAAAAACUUUCCAGGCAUUUGUCAAAAUUGCAGAUGUUGAGAUGCAGUAUUAUAUUAAUGUGAUGAAUGAAACUUAAGUAGUGAUAAAAGGAAGUUUAGCAUAAAUUAUAGCAGUUUUCUGUUAUUGCUUAAUUUAUCAUCUCCAUAGUUUUAUAGCUACUAUUGUAUUUCACUUGUUGAAUUAAAGUAUUUGAAUUCUUUUAAA